AUGACUCUUAAGCAAUUGUCACGUUCACCGCCGAAGACGGCGAGGAAAGGGAAGAACUACGGGGGAAUUGUCGGUGGAUCCGCGGCGGAGUGCACGGCGGUGGCUUGCUGCGUCCCGCUUACCAUGACGGAGAUGCUUUUUCUGGGACUAUACAAGGUUCCGACCGGACUUUGCAAGAAGGCUUACGCAAGGAAGAGACGAAACCAUAGGAACCAAAUCUCGCAUCCUACGCCGCCCAUGGAGGACCCCGAGCUGGACCGGAUGGUGAAUGGGAAACAAAUUGGUGAUAAUGAGGAUAACGGGUCCAUGGGAACCGAUGAAUCUGAUACGGAGGAGAAGUUGGCGGCCCGAUUCCCCGGAACCGGGUUCUGGAGGGAACAUUCGGACAUAUGGUCGUACACUUACGACUUGACGUUAGCAAGGAAUUAA